CUAAAUUCUUAUUCCAGCUGUACAUAGGAUUUUAAAAAUUAGAAAUCAUAUUCUGAGAUGCUCCAAUGGGAAUUACAAGCCAUAUCUACUUAUUUCUUUCAACAGUAAUUAUUUCUUUUCCAUAGGGAAGAAGAAAAAUAUUACAGUAGAAAAAUGAAGUCUUUUUUAGGACUUCAUCCUAAUGCUCUUGCCUACUCGAUGACCACCUUAGGCGCUGGAAUGAUGAACAGUAUCUUCAAUUUCUAUUAUGUUAAACUCUUUUUAAACAAGUACAAGAUCUCAGAAGCAGCAUUCCAUCAAGGGCAGGUUGUUUUUAUGAUAUGGAAUGCCAUCAAUGAUCCUCUCUUUGGGUAUAUUCAAGACAACUCCAAAGUGCCCUGCUGCUCCCGACGUCAGUUUUCUAUUUUAUAUGGUGCUCCCUUGUACGCCCUGGCUUUCCUCCUUCCGUGGUUUCCUUGGAAACAAUACGAAGAACACGACUGGCUCUGUGGGCUGCAUCUUAUUGUGGCUUUGUGCGCCUUUGAUGGCCUGCUCACAUUUGUCUUGCUGGCGCAGUGUGCCCUUUUUGCUGAAAUCUCCACCAGACAUGAAAGUCGCCUCCAGCUUAUUAAGUACAACCAGGUUGCAAGCUUAGUUGGAUCAACCAGCAUCCUGUUCUGUGGUUUAAUCUCUGCUAACAUGGAACGCUUUGCCUAUUUUCAAGCCUUCACCGUGCUAGUAGGAGUCAUUGCAACUGCUUGCAUGUGUUACACCGGCUUCUACAGCACUACUCAGUAUGAGCAAAAGGAAAUGUUGAUGGAGGGGUUUGAUCCAGAAAGCACCACGACCACUCUUUCUUGGUCUUCUGUGUUCUCCUUGACCUGCCAGAUCUUGACUCAGAAGAACUUUUUGUUUUUUGUUAUCAUGAACUUUUUCCAAGUCUUCCACUUAGCCUUCUGCAACAAUUUCAUGAUGAUCUUUGCAGAUAAUCUCAUCCCAAAGGGAGUUCUUUCAUCCUCUGUCAGAAGUUUUAUGUAUGGAGCAGGUUUUAUCUGUCCUCAGUGUCUUGUGCUCAUCAGUCACACUUUGUUGGUGAAAUUUGGUUAUUACAAGAUUGUCUUAUAUUCUUUCUAUCUGGAAGGAAUUGCUGCAGUUGUCAUGCUUGUUCUGGGUCGAGAAUAUUACUACUUACUGGCUAUUUAUCUCACUGUCAAUAUGGUAAUGGUUCAAGCUUCCUUCAGUUUGUUUAAUUUGCCAUUGGCCGACAUUAUUGAUGCGGAUUUAAAGAAACAUAAACGACGGUCACCGCUCUCUUCUAUGGUCUUUGGAACCAAUGCGCUCUUUACAAAACCUGCUCAGUCUUUAGCUCCUAUGCUUGUGGUUUCUAUCCUAAAUCAAUUUGGCUACCCAGAUCUGAAUAGUAAAGCUGUUGACCCUGAUCCAAGUCUGUUCUUAGGUCUCCACGAUGCCAUGUUCUACAUGAUCUGUCUGGUCCCACUUUGCAUUGCGGUAAUACAGAUUCUGACAUGGACACCUUUUUCCAUCCAGAAUACUCAUCUGACACCAGUCCUAUGAACUAUAAAUGUGAGCAUUAAGUGGACAGAGUGUUUAAUUGACAGAUGUCAAUUGUGAGCAAGGACACUGGAUUUUCCUAACCCUUUGAACUAGCAAAUCAAAUGCAGCCGGUGGCAUUUCAUGAUCAUCCGUAGUUUUAAAUCUUAUUGUGCUUUAUCAUGAAGUAGAACUCUUUUUCUCAUUCCAUUGAUGUACCAGGGAAUUGGAGACAAACCUUGCAAGUGUAUUUGAUGGGUACUCUUAAGUUUCUAUCUCACAUUAACACCCACAGGAUAAAUAAAAUGCCUACCUCCUAUUAAGACCAAAAAAGGAGGUGAAAGUAACACCAUUCCACCCCUACAUUAAAUGCUUCUUUACUGCAGACAAAACAAGAAAACUGUUGAUUCCCCCACACACACGCACACACCAGCAUAGAUGACAAGACAACCUUUUUCUUUGUUUUGUUAUUUACAUUUUAUCUACCAAAAAAUCCACAACUGUCUCUCCCUUGAAAAGGAGACUGACAGAUUGAAGCAGACAAGGGAAAUAAAUGUAGGUGGCUGCAUAGCCAGGAGACUAAGCUUGACAAAUCAUAGAAGCUGCUGCUUUGUAGAGAGCCCCAGUACUGGUGUAUUUAUGUUCCAAAGGGCCAUGACGGCUAGGGACACAACACUGUGGUUUGUCAGUGCUGGCCAAGGAGGAACUAUAAUAGCACAUGAUGGAAAAGCUGAGGCGCAGGGCAGAAACUUUCAUGGGAACCUGAUGGAAAGGGUUGAUAACAGAAGAAAAGCUUGCUUGCUGAACUCUUUCUUGAGCUGUCAAGCUCAGAAUUGGGUUUCCUGGGCUGUAGGAAAAAUAUCUUUUGGGAAGAUGGCCUUUGGAUCUUUCUGCCACAUCGCAGAGAUAAUCUUGUGUACGAUUAUACUGUCGGAUUUCUGUGUUUGUUUUAGCUGAUCUUUUUUUUUUUUUUUUUUUGCCUUACUUUAAAAUAGCAUUUUGGAUUUCUUUCUAUACAUGUCUUCAGUUUUUCCCUUUUCAGUAGAAUUUAUAAUGAAUGGAAAACCAAUCUUACUUGAUAAGACAAAAUCUGAAUUAUGCCUUAAUAAAUCAUACAGUCCUUUG